UACAAAACAGAUUUCCAGGCGGGUGGAACAUUAGCGCUUUCCUUAUCCGCUCAGUUGAACUGUACACGGCAAACGCCAAGCCCCGAAAUAAACACUUCACCAGGAAGCUUUGGCUAGCGUUGUUUAUAACCACAGUUAGGUUUGAGUUAUAAUGAUAGCUCCUAGCUAAUUGUUACGUUUAAAUGUUAACGAUAUUUAAAGCCAUACAUUGAGACGUCGGUAUUAGAGCUGUUCCAGGUGAGUCGCGAUAUGUCCGAGUCCGGUCACAGUCAACCCGGCAUGUAUGGGCAAGGCCGCAGGAGGAGGCGACGCCGAGGGGACAGAGAUGUUGGCCCUCCGGGACAAAACCUGUCCGGACCCAGUCGAGAUCGGGAUUACCAACCGAGGGAGCGAAGGGAUGGAAGCGAGGAUCCACCAGGUCCUCUCAUUCAGAAGACCCCCAUCAUUCUUGCAAAACCUCCCGGGGAAAGGGCUAAGCCCUCACAGAAUACACCUGUCAGUGGAGCACCAGUCCUGGAGAAGCCCAUCAUGCUAAUGAAGGCCAGGGACGAUGGAGGGAAGCCAGGGACACCUACUGAGUCGGCUGCUCAGUCCUCUGGUCCACCCUCUAAGAUAGAGAGGGAAGGGCAGCGACCUACCCAGCCUGUAUACCAGAUCCAAAACAGAGGAAUGAGUGCUUCUGCAUCGAGCGGUGCAUUGGACCCCAUGGUCGGGCAGUCCAAACUCCUUCCUCCAGAGAAAAUGAAGCACAGCAUUAAACUGGUGGAUGAUCAGAUGAAUUGGUGUGACAGUGCCAUGGAGUAUUUGAGGGACCAGACAGACAUGUUGGUGGUGGGAGUUAUUGGCUUGCAGGGAACUGGGAAAUCCACCAUCAUGUCGCUGUUAUCUGCCAACACUCCUGAGGAAGAUCAAAGGAGUUUUGUAUUCAGACCACAGACUCAAGAAAUCAAGGAAAGAGGCGGAAAUCAGAGCACAGGGAUUGAUUUCUUCAUCACACAGGAGAGAGUUAUCUUCUUGGAUACGCAGCCAAUGCUAAGCCCAUCAAUUCUGGAUCAUCUUAUCAACAAUGAUCGGAAGUUACCUCCAGAAUACAAUCUUCCUCAUACAUAUGUUGAGAUGCAG